UCGACUUCUACCUGCAGGGCGAGCACUGACGAACCAGCAGGAAAGAGUGCUCAUUGAGAUGCUUGUGGCCGCCGUGCGACAGGCUGCAGAGGGCCGCCCACCUGCCGGCCGCCGACUGGGCAAGAAAGCGGCCAGGGAGGUGGACGGGACCCGCCGCUGGCGUGAGCAUGCCAACAUGAGCCGACACUUUGUCAAGGUGCUGCCCCGGCUGCUCUCCAAGUUUGCAGCAGACAAAGAGAAGGUGACCCCCCUCCUGCAGAUCCCACAGUAUUGCAACCUGGACGUGUACGACAUGGACGGCCUGGGCUCGUACCUGGACGCAGCCCUGCUAGAGCUAGACUGCCUGGUGCAGCGGCACUCAGACGUGGCGGUGCUGGAGGCCUGUGCCCGCGCCUACGGCACCUACUGUGACGAAGGGGGCUCUGCCCACUGCCAGGCUGCCCCCGCCUGCAGCCGGCUGGUGGACAUGCUGGUGGACGUGCUGACCCCACUGCUGGACGUGUUCAUCCAACGCGAGAAACAGGGCCUGUUCCUUGGACACGGUGAGAUGGGGCGGAUCUGCUCCACGCUGCGGAGACUGGCUGCCUUCUACAGUGCACACGACCUGAGCAGCUGGAACCUGUACGAGAAGAUGGAUAGCCUGCUUACUUUCCGCAGGCACCAGGGCAGCCUGCCCACUGAGGUGAGCCCCACCUGGCACCUUGCCCCUCCCCGGGCCUCAGCUGACACCGUCCUUCCCAUGCGUGGGCUGGCCUUUGCCUUCUCUGAGUCCCCAGUGCCUGAAGAGGAGGCUCGGCAGCGCUUCCCCAACCUCAGCUUCCUGCUCGUGCUGUCCGAGUUCUCCUGCAAGAUCCCACCAGCCAAGCGACAAGCUGCGUGA